AUGGCUGCCUGGCUUCAGGUCGCGAGCGUGGAAACACCAGACUCUUCCGUCUGCGUGAUCGUCGGCACGGUUCAUUCUAGGUUUCUGUUCAACGUGGGGGAAGGGACCCAGCGUCUUUGCAUGGAACACGGCAUCCGGCUCGCUAAGGCUGAGCAUGCGUUCUUCACCAACCUCACCUCCGACACCUUGGGAGGCGUGCCUGGCAUGGUCUUAACCCUUGCCGACAUCAGGAACGGCCAAGUGCUAGCCGCGGGCCAGGCGGGGAGAGGGGGCAGCGGCGGCGAGGAAGCAGAAGACGCAAAGGAGGGAGAGACCACUUUCCCACACAGCGAGAUGAGCAUCCCCCAGAUCCCGAUCAUGCGACAACAAAGCCGUCGUCUCCCGUCAGCGGCAAGCACUGCCGAGCAACACCAUCCCCGCCCUUCCAACAAGCGUCCCAGAGAAAAACAAGGAGAAGAGGAUGGGGACGGUUCCUCUGCCGCGGUGGGCGGCGCGUGGCCGCCAGAGGAGAAAAAAGGCGAUGAGGGGGCGGGGGGCGGGGUGGGGUGCGUGUGCUACAUCUGCGACCCCCCCGCGCUGCCAGGGAAGUUCGACGUGCCCAAGGCGAAGGCGCUUAACGUUCCCCACGGUCCUUUGUUCGGGGAGUUGCAGAGGGGCAAUGACGUUACGCUUGAGGAUGGGACUGUCGUCAAACCGUUUCAGGUCCUCGGUCCGGCCAAGACCGGCGCGACGGUAGUCAUUGUCGACUGCCCAUCCCCGGACCUCCUGCCGUCCCUCGUGUCCAACCCCGCUUGGGAACGGCUGUACUACGCGGGGCCAGACAGCACCCCCACCAUCAACGGCAACGCCUCCGCCAAAGGUGGCGGCAAGGGUCGUAGACGUGGAGGCAACAACAACCCCUUCGAAAGCGCCCCGUUUUUUGUCCACGUGGCCCCCGCCGAGGUGGUCCGGUCGCCGGAGUACGGGGAGUGGGCUAGGAGGUUCGGUCCCGAGGCGAAGCAUCUCGUGACUCGGCAGCCCUUCUGCUCGCCUCACACGAGUUUUCAGGCGGCGCAUGACCAGGUGGUCAGGCUCAAUCAAGUCUGCGGGGCCGCCUUCCCGGUCCCUCGACAGUUCGUAGGGGGAGUUCCAUGGGACAGCGACGGGGACGGUGUUGGCAGAGACGGGAGCGGCAGCGAGGACACAAGAGGUGGCGGCUUUGCCAGUGAAGACGCGGGAAUAAUUCCGCCGGAGGUUAGGCGCAUCGGCCGCGAAGAGCUAGACUUCGGGGGCAAGGUGAUGGCCGCCGUUCCGCUCCUGAAGUUCGAGAUGCUGCCUGCCCCCAAGAGGCCUCAGAUGGACGCCACGGAAGCGCUGACGUGGGAUCGAUCUCGCGACAGCACUCAGGCCUCUCUACGGCGACUGGAGAGCAUCCGCUCCGGCCCGCGCUCACGCUCCCCCUCUCCCUGCCGCUCACCCUCAAGAUCACGCUCACCUUCGCGGUCACCGGGCGGCGGCGGCGACGGCGGCGGCGGCCGCAAGACGGGACAGGUACCUGCCCCGUUCCUUCUCCCGGCGGGGGCGUCCAAUUCCGAGGUGGCUUUUCUCGGCACCGGGUCUGCGCUGCCGUCCAAGUACCGGAACGUGACCGGGAUGCUGGUCCGGCUUAUGCCGACGGACCCUGCGUCUCCGGCGGGGGUGGUAGGGGUGUCGGACUCUGCCGAGGCACGGGAAGGUCUGUGUGGCGGUCAUGGUAGUGGUGGUGGUGGUGGCGGCGGCGGUGGAGCAGGGGCAGAGGGGGACAACGCGGCUGCGUUCGGAGGGGGCGGCAGCAUUCUCCUGGACGCCGGGGAAGGAUCCAUGGGCCAGCUGUGGAGAAUGUACGGGGAUAGCUCGAGCAGCAGCGGGGGGGGCGAGGGGGACGCCUGCCAUGGCCGGGGGGGCGCCGGGGAUAAUAAGGCGGGUGUGCAUCAGAUGCUGCGGAACCUCUCCGCCGUGUGGAUCUCGCAUCCGCACGCGGACCAUCAUCUGGGUCUCGUCCGAAUCCUGUCCGAGCGGAACAAGUUGUUGAGCGGAGGGGGCGGCGGCGGGGCUGCGGGAAAUGGGGGGGCGCCGGGAGGGGUGUCCGGCGGGGGGGCGCGGUUACCGAAGUUGUUGCUCAUGGCACCGGCUCCGGUGGCGGCCUGGCUCAAGGAGUACGGCGACGUCGACCCGACCGUGCGCGGCGGCUACGACUUCCUCGACGCGAGCCUCAUGCAGGCCGGGGACAACGCCCCCCGCCCGCCGCCCCACAUCGCCGCGGCCGCCGCCCGCGCGCUGGCGAGGGCCGGCGUCCUCCGGGCCACCAGCGUCCGCGUCCGCCACUGCGCGCACGCCUACGCCCUCGUCCUCACCGUGGCGUCGACCGCUGCAAAGGCGGCGGCUGCUGCGGCGAGAGCGGUGUUCUCCGCUGGCCCUUCUGUUGCGACCAACGCUGUGUUCGGCGGUCGUGGUGGGGGGGUCGCGGACAGCCGAGCAACAGCACAAGAGGGGGGUGACGGCAGCGGGGUUCCGGGGGAGGGGGCGGGUAAGGACUGGAAGCUGGUCUACAGCGGGGACUGUCGGCCGAGCGAGUCCCUGGUCAGGGAGGGGAAGGGGGCGGCGGUGCUGAUCCACGAGGCUACGUUCGAUGAGACCAAGCAGCAGGAGGCGUUCGACAAGCGGCACUGCACGAUGCAGGAGGCCAUGGCCGUGGGGCAGCGCAUGGGAGCAGAACGGGUCAUCUUGACGCACUUCAGCCAGCGGUACCCGCACAUGCCUUCCUCCCUUGCGGGGGGGCUGGGCACGAAAGUCUGCCUGGCGUUCGAUAACAUGCGAAAAACCCUGCGAAGGCUAGUGGACCGGAUCGCUGACCCUAUCCAAAACCCAAAUUCCCCGAUUGCGUGCUUUAUCCAACAUGCCUACUUUCAACGAAAGCCCCUUGUGAAGGCUGCUGGGUUGCGUUGA